AGAGCAAACAUGUAAAUAACCUGAUAAACUGUUUGUGACACGUUGAAAUUUGCAAAACAAUCUGAUAAGAAAAGUAUUUCGCCAUAAACCUACCUACGACUCUAACGUAUUUUCAUAUCAAACGGUUAAAAUAGUGCACUUAUAUGUAUGGAUAAACACCAACGAUAGAUGGUCCGGUAACAGAGGAUGAUGAUUAGACUGCUGAUCUUUCUUCUGGUGGUCAGUUGGACACAAGUGACGACGCGCAGCACCACGCCCGACCCAUCGGGCUAUCAGAUCAUCGACGGGAUUUGCCUUGGCAAACGAUCGGACAGGCUUAUCUAUAGACACAGAAAUGACACGCACAUCUUUAUAGCGUUUGACAUUCUUAAAAGUGGGACCGUGGACGUGUAUACGUGGCAGUUAGUACAAGCUAAGACUGGCACAUUUAUAUAUUAUGAUGUCAAAAUAGCAACUGUUCCUGCAAUAGACUUCCGGAAACAGGUGCGCAGGAGUCACGUAAUCGGCGCGUGCGGAAGACGCCACCAGAAACUGUUUGAGCAUCGCGUGGAACGGAAAAUGAAGCACUGCAAGAAACUUGCAAAAGAGAAGAGAAGAGAGAAGAAAAGGUUAUGCAAGGUGAGGGCCGUUGCCAACAUAUUUGUGCGCAUGAAGAUUCGGAAUGCCUCGUUCGACAAUGAAAACGGAUGUGAUGCAUGACGUCAUUGUCUUCAUUUUCUCUUUUGUGAUGCCAUCACAUUGUGAUUGUAAUUUGAACGAAAUUGUUUUGAUACAUGAUUUAAGUUUAGGCAUAAUUGCAAUGUUAUAUAAUCCCUAAAUGUGUAAUCAUACAUAUAUGUGCUGGAUUUGUUUUUAUUAGAGAUGAUUUAGUCAGUUUUGAAUAUCAAUAAAUUUGCAAAUUAA